AUGGUGCGUGUCCUCCAGUCCCUCCUUCUCCUGGCGGCCAGCCUCUCGACCACAUUUGCCGCCGACGAUUCCACCACCGUCGUCCAAAUCCUGAACGGCCACUACAACACCCUCGCGUUCGACGACCUCCGAGGCAGUGUCGUGGGCGGUGAUGCCCAGGCAACCACCUACGCGGUGAACUGCAAGGAGGGCUCUUCUUCGUGUCCCCUCACCAAGCCCAUCACCAUCACUCAAGGGCCUUCCACCUUCACCAUGAGCGCGGUUUACACCAUGACCACCAUGGGUGCCAAAGGAACCGGGACGAUCGUCCAAGAUUGUGAUAUUACCUCCUCGACUGCCACUGCUGUUUGCUCCGUUUCGGUCGGUGCCGCGGUGCAAUACAAAGGCCAGUCCACCACCACUUCCUUUACCACCAAAGCCACUGCCACCGGUUCUUCUGAGGUCCGCUAUGAGGGAUUGACCGUCACGGCCGGUCUGGGCAAUUUCAACAAGGCUGGCCCUACCGGCGCGACUGCGACUGGAGCGGCCGCAGACAACCACCCAGCUCGUGUGGGUAUGGCUGGGGCUGCCGCCGCUGCUGUGGCGGGCGCUCUUGUCCUGUAA